GUCAAGAUGGACGAAGAAGCAGUGGGAGCGACCGACAACAUUGUGACAGAGUUUGCCACAUAUGAAGACUUUUUAGACAGUCAGAUAACACCAUUAGAUCUUUAUUACCUUGAGGAUGAAGAGUUGGCACGCCAACUGGUGGAGUUAGGCUACAGGGGAAGUGGAGAGGUUCUUAAACGGGAAGAAUUUGAAGCCAGGAAGCAAGCUGCUGAGGCAAGCCGACUGUCCAAGAGAAGCCAGCAAAAAACUUUGGCCAGCUCAGGUAAAGAUCUUAAAGAUCCAUUCUUGAAAGCUUUGGCCCAACGAGAGGAAGCAAACAGGAGUGGAAAAAUGACUUCUGUAAUCUUCAUCAGGGACAAGAAUGCUAGAGGACAGGAAAUUUCUGGCUACAUUGACUAUGCUCAUCGCUUAAAGACUGAAGAUUUUGAGCCUUAUUUUACUGGAAGGAAAAGGCUUCUGCCCAGACCAUCAGAUUUGAGCUUUUACAACUGGGAAACACAAACUGCAACCUCCAAUCCCACCCCCAACUACCAGGUUAUAGCAGAGAAUUCAUCUGGUUUGCUUUUUAAGAACAAAAGAGACAGAAAAAUCCUUAACGUGGAUCCUAAGGUAACUUGCAAUAUCAACAAUGUGUCUGCCUGUCUGUCUGUCUGUCUGUCUGUCUGUCUGUCUGUCUGUCCUUUCCAAGUUUGUUUGUAUACUCGUCUGGUCCUUACAUGUACAGUAUGUCUGUCUGAUUGCUCGUCGUCCACCCGUUCGUUCGUUCGCCAGUUCGUCUGCCCGUCCGUCCGUCUGUUUGUCUGUCUGUCUGUCCGCUUGUCUGUCUGUCUGUCUGUCCUUUCCAAGUUUGUUUGUAUACUCGUCUGGUCCUUACAUGUACAGUAUGUCUGUCUGAUUGCUCGUCGUCCACCCGUUCGUUCGUUCGCCAGUUCGUCUGCCCGUCCGUCCGUCUGUUUGUCUGUCUGUCUGUCCGCUUGUCUGUCUGUCUGUCUGUCCUUUCCAAGUUUGUUUGUAUACUCGUCUGGUCCUUACAUGUACAGUAUGUCUGUCUGAUUGCUCGUCGUCCACCCGUUCGUUCGUUCGCCAGUUCGUCUGCCCGUCCGUCCGUCUGUUUGUCUGUCUGUCUGUCCGCU